AUGGAGAACAACAAAACCUCGAUGUAUUCAAAAUCCAUUAAUAAUUUUGAAGUAAAGACUAUCCAUGGAAGCAAGUCAAUGGACUCCGGAAUAUAUCUGGACAGUAGUUAUAACAUGGACUAUCCUGGAAUGGGUUUAUGUAUAAUAAUUAAUAAGAACUUCCAUAAAAGUACUGGAAUGACAUCUCGCUCUGGUACUGAUGUUGAUGCAGCUAAUCUCAGAGAGACAUUCUUGGGCCUGAAAUAUGAAGUCAGGAAUAAAAAUGACCUUACUCAUGAAGCAGUUUUGGAAUUGAUGGAUAGUGUUUCUAAGGAAGAUCACUGCAAAAGGAGCAGUUGUGUGUGUGUGAUUCUAAGCCAUGGCGGUGAAAGAGUAAUUUUUGGAACGAACGGACCUAUUGACCUGAAAAAUCUAGCUAGUUUCUUCAGAGACUACUACUACUGGAAUCUGAGUGGAAAGCUGAAACUCUUCAUCAUUCAGACCUGCUGGUGUAUGGAGCUGGACUGUGGCAUUGAGACAGACAGUGGAAUUGACAAUGAUAUGGCAUGCCCGAAGAUACCAGUGGAGGCCAACUCCCUGCAUGCUUACUCUACAGCACCUGGUUACUCUUCCUGGAGAAAUUCAAAGGAAUGUUCAUGGUUCAUUCAGUCACUUUGUGCCAUGAUGAAACUGUAUGCGCACAAGUUGGAAUUCAUGCACAUCCUUACCCGUGUUAACUGGAAGGUGGCCACAGAAUUUAAGUCAUUCUCCCUGGAUGCCACUUUCCAUGCAAAGAAACAGAUCCCGUGUAUUGUGUCAAGGCUCACAAAAGAACUGUACUUUUAUCACUAA